AUGUCAAGCAGAGAAAGGAAGGCCCCUGACAGUGCUGGCAUGCACCCAAGGCUGGAUCCAAAUGUCACAUCAGAUGACACCCAAAAUGCAGAUUCAAUCACUCCAGCCAACGAAGAAGUUCUUGAUGUCAGUACAGAGGACAUUACUCCCUCAGGAGCAGAAGGGCAACGGGCCAGGAAGAAAAUACAGGAUUUAUUUGAAGAAUUUGAAGGACCCAUUAAGAUCUUUCUUAAGGAAAACGGAGAAAGAUUCAGAGCGAUCAUCAACGAGUCUUUCCAAACCAUGCAGAAGAAAGUUGAGGAUGUUCUCAAAGUCCAGUGUGGACUAAGAAUACUUAAAUUCCCUUUCCCCAUUCCUCCAUUGAGAGAGUUAGUGAAGACACUUUAUGAACAAUAUUCUCUUCAGAUUACGAAUUUGAAUUGGAAGUUAAACAUGGAUGCAGGUCAAGUCAAGAAACAGGCAGAAAAGCUCUCUAGAAUAUUUAAGGAGCAACGCAACUUUGUCCUUCAGUCUCUGGUUCUUCAGAAGGAGAGAAUGGAAGACUUUAAAUCUCUGUGUGAACAGUACUUGGAGAAACUUGAGAUGCUGAAGUACUCCUGGGAGAAUUCUGUGUUUGAAGAGCUGAGACGUCUCAUAGACACCUUGCCAUCGUCUACCUGCUCAUCAUGA